AUGGUCCUUCUUUCCGGAGAUGGAAAGGGGAUUGGGGAAGGCCGGAGUCCCGCUCAGGGGAAGCACCUCCAGCCACCACCCUUUGACCAAGGGCCCCCUGCUGGAGGGCCAGUGGGAGCCGAAGGGGCAGCAGGGGCUGAAGGAAAUCCCACUGACGAUGAUGACAGUGUUGCUGCCACCAUCCCGGUCCCCCAAGUGCGGCAUGCACCAGAAGAGGGUGAAGGCGGGGAGGAUGAAGAUGCAGACAGUGAGUAUGAGGACUUGGAGGACUUCUCGGAGUUCCCAGACACGCGCAGCAUAGCAUCGGAUGAUUCCUUCUACCCACCACAGAUUGACAAUGGGGAUGAGGAGGACGACUGGUCGCUGGGUGAGUCGGAAACUUCUGCCAGCCCAGAGACACUAUCUUUCUUCCGCGCCUGUUGCACCAACAACGUCGUCGUCCUGAAGGCGCUCAUCCGCCAGGGGCUGGAGGAGGUCGAUGUCCAGGAGACAGACCGCAACAAGCGGACUGGCCUUAUUGUUGCCUGUUACCAAGGGUUUGUGGAUAUUGUAAUAGCCUUAGCACAGUGCCCUCAUAUUGAUGUAAACUGGCAGGACAAUGAAGGGAAUACGGCUCUAAUUACAGCUGCCCAGGCAGGACAUAUUACCAUUACACAGUAUUUACUCAACUAUUAUCCUGGCCUUGAUAUUGAAAAAAGGAAUGUGUUUGGAUUUACUGCGCUCAUGAAGUCUGCAAUGCAAGGCCGAAGUGACUGCGUCAGAGCCUUAAUGAUGGCAGGGGCAAACAUUAAUGCAACAGACCCAGGGCGUGGGUUCACUCCUCAGGAAUGGGCAUGUUUCACUGGAAGAAUAGAUGCUGCCUAUCUUAUGCAGAGACUUAUGGACAAACCAUAUGCAGAACAAUUUUGUGACCACUUUGAGCUAGAGUGGCCAAAGAUGAAGGAACUUCUUGCCAAGGCUGCAGAGCGAAAAACCUGUUUGCAAAAGAUCUCAGAAGGCGUGCGGUCAGUAGUAACUUUCAAAGCUUCCAAUGGCCCUGAAGAAGAUGGUGCACUGGAUCAUAUGGUUAGAGUGACAACAAGUCUGAGGAGCUCUUUUGUUGCCAUAGCUUGCAGGACGGUGUGCCCUGGUAGCCCACCAGGUCUAGGCAAACGCAGGCCUGCUGUGCAAGAGAUCCUUAGGAAACAAAGAGCCAAGGAAAUUAAAUCUUUAGAGAACAAGGAACAUUUUAACAGUUAUGAGAGGCUGUUUCAGAACUCCAGAAUCACAUUAGUCACCAAAAGGAAAGAGCGACGAGCCAGCCUGCAACCAUCCAGUCUAAAUGUACCUCAGGUGAGCAUUGUGGUUUCAAGGAAAUCCAGCCUGUUGCCACUGCACUUGCUGAGAAGAAGCAGUGUGCGCCCUGGAUUUGUUAUCCCCAAAGUCCGCAUCAGUAAGGCGCGACCUACUUUCCAACCAGAGAAAGUGAGGCGGAAAAGUACUGCCAGUGAGGGGACAUACCUGGAGAUUCCCAAAUGGAGGUAUAAAGAGCUGAAAGAAGAGGAAGAAGGCAGAGGAAGAAGAAAAGAGAGAUUAGAAGAAGCCCAGAAACAGAAACAAGGGUCUUCUCGAAAAGCAAGACUUGACAUCAGUGGUAUUGCCAUUGCUCUAAACUUCAGACCAACACCAGUCAAAUCUAGCCUGUUGCCACUGCACUUGCUGAGAAGAAGCAGUGUGCGCCCGGAUUUGUAAAGUAAAAGCUGAAUGACAGUAAUUACUUAAGAAGAGAAAUCAAAGAAA